GCGGUGUUUCGCUACCUGCCCGAAGAAGAGACGUGGGAACUUUGCGGCCACAUGCCUCAGGCCAAGAGUUACCACGCAUCCGUCGCCGUCGAAGACAGCGUGUACAUCAUAGGUGGAUACACGUUGGAGUCGACGUUUGACGCUGAGCCCUUGGCUAGCGCGUCCUGUUUCCGACUCGACGUCCUCGCGAUGUCCUGGGAAACUGUGGCACCGCUGAACCGGGCCAGGGCUUGUCACGUGGCUGUUGCAGCGCUGGGACGCAUCUACGUGGCCGGCGGCAAAGACAAGAAAGGCAGGAUCACGGACUCGGUGGAAAGCUACGACGUGUCCACCGGACGCUGGGAGCAGCUCCCGAAUCUCCCGCGUCCCCUGAUGGCCUCCGCGGCUGCCCACUUCCAGGGGUCCUUCUGGGUCCUGGGAGGGGUGACGCGCUCCAAGAACACCGACUGCAGGGUCACGGACGCUGUCUACCAGUUUGACUUCACUGACGUAACAGAAAAGUAUUGUUUUGCUCCUCCUUCUUCAACAGGAAAUCAGGUGUCUAUAUUCGGAGGCAUCGAUACCGAACGCGGCGUGGCCACUGACGCCCACACCCAGCUGAACGUGUCGGACCAGACAAUCCGUGCCGCCCGACCGCUGCCUUGUCCACUCGCUGGCGCUAGCGCCCUGGCCUUUUCGGGCUACCGCAGGUCGCCGUCCCUCAAGUCACUGCGUUCCGAAGCUGAAAGCGACGACGACGAGCCCAAGCUCAAGCUGCGAACAGUCUACCGUCGGUACCGGCAGCGCAGGAAACUCCGGGAUCAAGAAAGCGACCUCGAUCCGAGAUUUCCGAAAGCUGGCGUUUUCGAAUCGACUCGGAUUUUAGACUCGACGUUCGACCACGCCAAGAUUCGAAGGCAAGACAUUUCCCGCGAAAAGUCGCCGGACUUCGGAACGAAGGAGGAGCGGCUUUCCGUGGAGCUCCGAAAUCACGGGCGGCAACUCAGAAAGGAGCUCGUCUCAAGCAGGGAGCUGAAGUGCGCGCAGGGUGUCGUCCGGAGCGACUCGUACCAGAUCCUGGCCCCUGCUGUGGAUCCCAACCUCGGUCUGGCCCUGGUUCUCCAAGACGAAGAGAAAACUUACAGGUGGGUACAGUUCACAAAGUACACUUCCGCCGCCCUUACACCACUCCGACUUUCAAAAAUAUACGUUAAAAAAAAAAAAAAAAAACUUGCGAGGACAAAUUUUUAA